AUGACUCUAUACAGCAACAAACUCCAAACCAGCGCAGCAUCCAACAAGCUCUGUAAAGCCUUCGGCAUAAAAGUCUCAGCCAACACCCAAGUCGUCCAGAUCGCCCACAACGCAGGCUUCGACUCCCUAUUUAUUGAUCUGGAGCACGGCUGGCUCUCACUGGAGGAGACAAGGAACCUAUGUCAUUUUGGCCUGCUGGCUGGCAUCACCCCGUUCGUACGCGUGCCGCAUCAAUGCGGCAAUGGAUUCGUCCAGCGUAUCUUGGAUGGGGGUGCCAUGGGAAUUAUCUUUCCUCAUAUCCAUUCAGCAGCCGAUGCUGAAGAAGCUGUUCGGAUCUGUAAAUAUCCACCUCGGGGCUGUCGCUCGAUGACUGGACAACUUCCGCAAUUUGAAAUGAAGCCGCAAACCCCAGAGGAGAUUAUCGGCAAAAGCAAUAAAUUUUCGUCGACUGUAUUUGCUAUGAUCGAGAGUCGAUCGGCCGUUGAACGCGCGGAGGAAAUUGCUGCUGUGGAUGGUGUGGAUGUUAUCCUGAUCGGGUCGCUGGAUUUGUCUAUCGAUCUUGGAGUGCCGGCUCAAUUUGAGAGUGACACAUAUAGAAGGGCAGUUGAGACUGUGAGCAAGGCGUGUCGUGCCUGUGAGAAGAUCUUUGGUAUUGCUGGAAUUUAUGAUAAACCGGCGAUCCAGGACUGGGCGAUUAAUGAGCUAAGGGCGAGGUUUAUGCUUGUGCAACAGGAUAUCUCGUUGAUUGCUCGAGGUGGCGUGGAGGCUGUCCGUGCAGUGCCUACUGUCAAGGGAUCAAAAGAGAUAUAG